AUGUCGACCGUUCCGGGGCCACUCGUAUGGGAGAUCGUGAAGAAGAACAACUCCUUCUUGGUCAAAGAGUUCGGAAAUGGCAACCAGAGCGUUCAAUUCAGUAGAGAGAGCAACAACCUCUACAAUCUCAACUCUUACAAGUUCUCCGGAUUGGCAAACAAGAAAACUGUUGCUAUUCAGGCGGCUGGUAAAGAUCAAUCUGUGUUGUUAGCUACAACGAAGCCGAGGAAACAGAAUAAGCCUUCUGUUUUGUCUCAGAGAUCAGUGAUGAAGAAGGAGUUCCGCAGAAUGGCAAAGGCCGUUCAAAAUCAGGUGGGAGACAAUUACUAUAGGCCUGAUUUAAAGAAGGCAGCUCUUGCAAGGUUGAGUGCAGUUCACAGAAGCCUCAAAGUUGCCAAAUCUGGCCUUAAGAAGAGGAAUAGACACGCUUAA